AUGGCAUUCCGAAACUGUAUAACGCUGCUUGUUGCCGUACUCGCGCUGGCAUCAACAGUUGCGACACAAUCGUUCCUCCCCUCAAACAAUACGAGCGACAUCCCCUCGUAUGAUCGGUACCCACGAUUCUGGGUCAAUGCUUCGGAUGUCACGAGUUUUCGAGUCGUGCCGGUGGGAUGGUACUCGUCAAUAUCGCAGCAAGCAUUUCAAAAUAUUCGAGUCAAUGGGCGCUUGCUCCACGUGAACUCCGGAAAUACACAAUCGUUACUGUCCGACGGGAUUGACUACAUCUCAUGCGACGCUUCUGACUAUCCUGGCGUACUGGGCGCCGCCGAUAUCGUUCGGAUCAUCGCUUCGAGCCAAACUGGGAACAGUAUCAUCUUGUACAGCAGAACCUCGAACCAUUGCUUAGCUAGUUCCAGCCUCCCAUCAGUGAAUGGUAUCUUCACAACCACGGACCCUAUGUUGGCAGCCACUGUACUUGGACAGAUUCAGAAUGUCACGAAUGGUCAGCCCGCAGCUAUUACUCCUGACGCAAACUCCUACACAUUGCCGAACGGUUACAACAACAAUAACAACAACCCCUCUUCUUCGUCCAAUGGUCCUCGACCGGGUCCCACCACAGCAGUGGCUAUGGUCAUACUCUACACAAUCACCGGUCUCAUUACGGCGCUAUUCGUCAUAAUCAUCGUCACUGGAGCAAUAAGAGCACAUCGACAUCCAGAAAGAUAUGGUCCAAGCAAUAUAGGAGGUCGACCCAGAAGGAGUCGUGCCAAAGGACUUGCCAGAGCCAUGCUUGAGACUAUCCCGAUUGUGAAGUUUGGCGAGAAAGAGGAGACGGCGAAGAAGGACAACGAUGUUGAGAUGAAUGCAGUAACAGACACAGCAAGUCAAGACAAAUCCAAAUCAGCAACAGAUUUGUCAGAGGCUGACACGGAUACCGUCAGUGGAGCAGUGCCAGUGACAAAGAGCGUGAACGCCGAUGGCGCUGAUGAAGCAGGCACUUUGGGUUGUUCAAUAUGCACGGAAGACUUCAACAAAGGUGAAGAAGUUAGGGUGCUACCAUGUAACCACAAGUUCCAUCCUGAAUGUGUAGACCCCUGGUUACUCAACGUCAGUGAAUCGAUCUUCGACCAAAAGAGGAACAGACUCAAGCAGCAACGGAGGAUGAAGACUCAGCAGAGACGUCAAGGCAAGGCUUGGCUUCACACCGGGCCAGGAGGCCUAGCCACAUCGCUCUUGACUUCAUAG